UAGCGCGUUGAUGAUUGCUGAUGAUAGCUACGAAACCUGCGAAACAUGAGAAAUGAACAUUGUUAAACGUUCUUGGAGACCGUCGAAUUAAUUUGAUAAUAUUUAAUUAAUGUAAUAUUUAAUUAAUCAAAGUUAGUAAAGAAUUGAACAAAAAUGUUUCAUUUUCCACUAAAAUCUCUUAGGAUGCUGUUGUCUGCCACGACAGAGUCAUUUGUUCAACAGACAAGAAAUACAUACAUCUUGAAACGGAAGUGGCCACCAGGACUACACAAGAAGGACAAAAUACCUGAACGUCUUAGAGCACGACACUUCGUCUAUGAACUUAUAGAAAACACAGAUUUACGUAAAAGCAAACCAAUCGAUAUUAUUCUUAAACAGUAUGUGAAAGGUGUGGGCCAGAAAGGAGAGCUAAUUACCAUGAAACCGAAUAUAGCAUAUAAUGAAUUACUACUACCAGGAUUAGCCGUAUAUGCCACUCCUGAAAAUUUGGAAAAAUACAAACAAGACACCAUCAUAGAAAAACCUAAGUUCAGUUCCCCUUAUGUUGAGCACUCAUUGAAUAUAUUAUCAAAAUUGUGUUUGAGGGUACACAUGUCGUUGGAUAAUCCUUGGACAUUAGAAAAAUGGCACGUAAAGUCUGCCUUUCGCAAAACUUCUUUCGUCGUCCCCGAAGAUGCUAUAACCCUACCCGAGAAACAGAUAUCAGGACCCGACUUAUCGAUCGACGACAAAGAAUUUGUUGUUACGGUCACGAUAAAUAAUACAGAACAAGCUAAAGUAAGAUGCAAGAUACACCACUGGACUGCAAAUCCUGAUACAGUAUGGCCCAAUCGGCUCGAUCCUUUCAAAUUCGUCAAUGAACCAAUUUUCCCAGAAGAUAAACCCAUUCUGGAUUCUCUUACGACUUGCCUGAAAACAUCAGAGGAAGCCGGAACAUAAUUUCUCUUAUGCAUCGUAUUUCAAAUAAACUUUAGUCAUUUAA